UUUUUAAAUCAAUUUCUAAAAGCUCCAACGGGUCAUCAUCGCCGGCCAGCACCAUUUCCUCACCUUGCGGACUCGCCGCCGCCGGAACUAAACGUAGCAUUGCCAACAGUCGACCUCGAACUCCGGGAAGCAGUCAAAUUCACCGGAAAAAAUUAACCAGCACAGACAAUAACUUGAAAAUGAGCCGACGCGACAUACACUCGGUGUUCUACGCUGAGUCGUACCAUCCGAUUCAGGCGGGGAGUAUUGACGGCACUGAUAUUCUCCCUCACGACAACGCCGUUUACCGGGCACUUCUCUGCUCCUCUGCGGGCCUCUAUGACCCGCUGGGUGACCCGAAGGUCAUUGGUGAUCCUUAUUGUACCGUUUUCAUUGGCCGUCUUUCGCACCUCACAACAGAAGACACUGUCCACAAGGUAAUGAGCAAAUAUGGGCGGAUCAAGAACUUACGUUUGGUGAGAGAUAUUGUAACAGGUGCCUCACGUGGUUACGCUUUUGUUGAAUAUGAAACUGAAAGAGAGAUGCGUCGUGCAUAUGAGGACGCUCACCAUACCACUAUUGAUGAUUGUGUAAUUAUUGUUGAUUAUAGUAGACAACAGUUGAUGCCGGGUUGGAUUCCCAGGAGGUUAGGAGGAGGCCUCGGGGGUAAGAAAGAAUCAGGACAGCUUCGUUUUGGAGGACGAGAAAGAUCAUUUCGCGCUCCUCUGCGACCCAUCCCAUAUGAUGAUUUGAAGAGACUUGGCAUUCCUCCUCCACCAGAAGGAAGAUAUAUUCAUCGCCUUAAGGUUCCAUCUCCGCCCAGAAGAAAAAGGAGCUCUGUAGACAAGGAAGAAAGCUCUCUCAAGAGGAGCUCUAAGCACAGUGAAGAACAAGCUCAUAGAGGUAGCUCUAGGGAGAGGGAAGAUCGACAUCAUAAUAAAAGCUCUGUUGAAAGGAAUGACCGCUCUCGCAAAAGAAGUUCAGUGGAUAGAGAAGAAAGCUAUUAUAAAGCUAGUACUGCAGAGAGGGAAGACCAGUAUUACCAAAGGAGCUCUAGGGAUAGGGAAGAUCGCACUCACAAAAGGUUGGUGGAUAAGGAAGAAGACUAUUAUAGAAGAAGCUAUGCUGACAAGGAAGAUGAAACUAGCAAAAGGAGCUCUAGAGAUGGGGAAAAACGCUCCCGCCAUCAUCAUGGUAAACAGGCUUAUAAUCCUGAGAGUAGGUCCAAUAGUCGGGAUCACUCUUUUGAUCAUUGAUUUUAUUGCAUUUUUGUAUGUUGUUGCUCAUUUUCUGCAGGUUGAAGUUGUGUAUAAGCAUUUGGGUUGUCUUCAAUCUUUCAGGUUCAAUCAUUCAGUAGGUAUGUUUUCAGUCAAUAGUUAAGGAUAGGCUUCAUUUUUUCUAGUUAAUAAAAAACAAAAGCAAAGACAGUUUUUGUUAAUACGACAUCACUUUGUUGAAAA